AUGAAUAUCAAUAAUAACGAUAUUCUCAACAAAUUACCUGAUAAUCAUAACAAUGUUCCAGAUGACUCAACGUUAGCAUCUGAUAAUUAUAUGAUAAAUAAUAACAAUGUUCCAGAUGACUCAACAUUACCAUUUGAUAAUUAUAAUAGAAGGUAUGAUUAUACAUGA